AUGGCACCACUCGAGCUGCAUAUCUCUGGUUUGAGCCACUAUGAGUUCACUCUCACAGUCGAUGACACCAUGCUUGGGAGCGAGUUGUUGAAGAAGAUCCGGGAGCAAUUGCCUUCAAAGCAAGCAAGUGUGAUUUCCGUGAUCUACCGGGUCUCAUCGCUGUCUUUGGGAAAGACCCUGCGGGCCCAGGGCCUGACUGACCAUGCAGAUCUGCAGUAUGUCUAUCUUCCAGCUGACAUGUGCUCAGCCUGGAAAGGCCUGCGUGGCAUUGUGGAGGAUGAGCCUCCAGAUACCGCACCAUCUGAUGUAUUGGAUGGCAUGACCAAAUUGCACUACUCUAGAUUGUUGGUGAAUGCGCUCGAACGCGUGUGCCUACCCAGCUCCCUCCAGUCAUUGACCUUUCAAAACCGCUUCAAUCAAAGCAUCGAAGGGGUGAAUUUGCCGGACAAUCUGGAGCAUUUGUCCUUUGGAUUUCGUUUUAAUCAAAGCCUGGAACAUGUAACUCUUCCGGCUGGCUUGCGGAGCUUAACUUUUGGUCACAACUUCAACCAGGAUUUGUUGCGGGUACAAUUCCCUGCUGCUCUUGAGACAUUGGCAUUUGGCAAUGACUUUGCGCAAAGCCUGGUGCGAGUGAAGCUUCCAUCACAGCUCUUGCACCUGACCUUGGGAAAUGAUUUUAACCACAGCCUGGAGGGUGUGGCCUGGCCCGCUUUGAAGACCCUGAUCUUGGGACACGACUUCAAUCAGAGCUUGAAGGGCACAGCCUUUCCACCCAGCCUGGAAAUCUUGAAAUUUGGCGAGAGCUUCAAUCAACCGCUGGAUGCUGUCCAUCUUCCUGAAGGCCUUCAGCACUUAACAUUUGGAUCUCGAUUUGACCAGAGCUUAGACGAUGUGAAGCUCCCAGAGCUUCUGAACGAGCUGACCUUCGGACAUUGCUUCAAUCAGCCCAUGGACAAGGUGAAGUUGCCUGGCAAGCUGGUGACUCUAAACUUCGGCCGCUGCUUCAAUCAGACAUUGAGCGGGGUGAAUCUUGGAGGUUUGGAAUCAUUGUCUUUCGGGCGGGAUUUCGAUCAAAGCCUGGAACAUGUGCAAUUGCCCGACAGCCUUCUAUCCCUAUGCUUUGGGCAGAGUUUCAAUCAGACUCUGGAAAGCGUGUCUUUGCCAAAGUCUCUGCAGAACUUGAUUUUCGGAAGUCACUUCAAUCAAGACCUUCGACAAGUGCACUUCCCACCCUGCCUCGAAACUCUGCAUUAGAAGAAGGCUUUUGCCACAGCCUGAUGGGAGUUGACUUUCCCAGUGGACUGCAAAGCUUGACCGUCAAAGGGAUGCUUUCUGUCAUGAGAGGCGUGGAUUUGCCGCAAGGUCUCGAGAGGAUGGUCCUGAAACCAUCCGGCCAUCUGAAUAAUAUACUGAAGGACAUGAAUCUUCCGCGAAGACUCCAGCAUUUGACAUUUGGCUUUAAUUUUAACCAGCGCUUGGUCGACUUGAAUCUUCCAAGCACUCUGGAGAGCUUGACCCUUGGAUUUCACUACAACCAGAGCUUGGAAGAUGUGAUCCUGCCAAGUGGUCUUGAGUCGCUGACAUUUGGCCAAAGCUUUAAUCAGAGCCUGGACCGGGUGAAUUUUCCAGAGGCCCUUGCAAAGCUGACUUUCGGGCACGACUUCAAUCAAAGUUUGAGGCAUGCUCGGUUGCCGAAGAAACUACGGGCCUUGACGUUUGGACACGACUUCAAUCAGGGUCUCGAGACGCUGCCUGAAGGACUUCAAAGCCUGACCUUUGGACAUAACUUUGACCAGCCCCUGGCGGCGGUGAGCUUCCCAAAUGGCUUGCAGACCCUGACAUUUGGCACGCGCUUCAAUCAGCGAUUGCAGGGUGUCAAUCUGCCGACCGAACUGCAAUCGUUGACCUUCGGUAGUUGCUUUGAUCAAAGUUUGGAGGAUCUCGCGUUCCCGAGUUGCCUUCGGAACUUGACUUUCGGCCAUCAGUUCACCCACAGUCUGCAGCCUUUGAAUCUACCUGGUCUUCGAUUCCUCCGGUGCCAGGGUAUUACCGUUGACUGCAAUUGAGUCACCUGAAGUCACAGAUUAAGGUGGGUAGGUUGUUGAAUCAAGUGAGUGUGUUCUUGAGGCCUCGUCUUGGCUUCGUUUAACCUGACUUCCAGUUGUCGACCAGAAUGGGAGGCGAUGGAAGCGUGAAUUUUACGUCCGCAUGUACAGUUCAAGAGCGGCUUGGGCAG